UUUAAAAAAUGGAAACCAAAACCUCUUCCACCUAUCCCACCCACUCCACCGCCUACCACCCCCUCCGCCGCCACUCCCCACCCUGCGCAAUCCUUAUAAAGAUAACAAGGAAAAAAAAGAAAAAUCCCCCAUAAAAAAAUAAUGUCAUAUCCAUCUCCAGCAGCCGACCCGCAACCCGCCAAAAAACCCCAACCCCUUCCGUGGACCCACCAAGAAACCCUCAAUCUAAUCCAAGCCUACCAAGAGAAAUGGUAUUCUCUCAAACGCGGCCAACUCAAAGCCAGCCAAUGGGAAGAAGUCGGUACCGUCGCCGCACGAUGCGGCCUCUUCGACGACUCUGCCGCCAAAACCGCCCUCCAGUGCCGUCACAAGAUGGAGAAGCUCCGUCGUCGUUACCGCUCUGAAAGCCAAGGCGUCGCUUCGGCCUCCCUUUGGCCUUAUUACGAAGCCAUGGAAACUCUCGAGCACGGGCCUUUGCCUAUCUCGGCUCGGCCGUUGACUUCCUUGGUUCCAAGCAGAGGGAAGAACUUUUAUUCCGAAGAUGGACAUGAAGUUGGAAAUAUUUACGACAAUAACGACGACGUGGUUGAGGAGGACGAAGAAGAUGCUGAAGAAGAAAACCAGUUUAGUAAAAGCCGGAGUAUUAAUUAUAUUUUGCGGCGGCCCAGUGUUGUGAACCGGUUUUCGGGGCUCUUAAGUGGGGUGAGGAAAAGGGUUAGACCGGAAGGGGAAGGGGAUGAAGACGUGGCAGUUGUGGAAGAGAACAGGGGAGCGGAAUUAGCAGUGGAAAUAAAGAGAUUCGCGGAGAGGUUUAUGAGGGUGGAAAGGAAAAGGAUGGAAAUGAUGCAGGAGACGGAAAGGUUGAGAAUGGAAAUGGAAAAUAGAAGGAUUGAGAUGAUAUUGGAUUCACAGAGGAAAAUUGUGGACGUGAUCGCGGCGAGUUUGGGUCGAAGCAGAGAGUGAAGCUGGAGGAAGAAAUGGAUUCUUGAAGAAACCUUUUUAAGGUUAAAAUGAUUCAAUUCUUGUUCUAUGCAGCUUGUAUAGACUUACUUGGAUGGAGCUAACAAAUUAUUAUUAUUAUUAUUUUUUAUGUGCAAUUAUUAUUAUCUUUCUCUGAAAUUUUUGUCCAAGGAAGAAGAAGAUAUCAUGUUUCUUAAUUA